AUGGCCAGAAAUCAAGAAAAGGCCCAAUCCAUGCUGAAUCGUUGGACCAAUUUUAGGAUUGGUAACGAAUUCACAGAGAAGAAAAGGCCUCCUCAUCCAUCAUUUUCUAAAACUUUAAACGCUAGUGAACAUUGGCGAAGAAAUGUGUUGAAGGAAAUUGCUGAAAAGGUGACGAUCAUACAAAAUGCUUCUCUAGGUGAACAUCGUAUCCGAGAUUUAAACGAUGAAAUUAAUAGAUUAAUACAAGAAAAAGCCGAUUGGGAAAAAAGAAUUAUUGAAUUAGGAGGAAUUGAUUAUAGUAAACAAGAUAUUAAAUUAUAUGAUGAUAAUGGACAAAUAAUAGAAAUUGGUGAAGGAUAUAAAUAUUUUGGAGCGGCGCGAGAACUACCUGGUAUAAAAGAAUUAUUAUUUGAAAAACAAAAAUCAUCAGAAAAACAACAGAAAAACAAAUUUAAUGAACUUUACAAAGGAAUUGAUUCUUUUUAUUAUGGAUACAAUGAAGAUGAGGAUGAACCUGAUUUGCUUGCUGCAGAAGAAAAAGCAGAAGAGGAGCUUAGAAAGGAGUUUUAUCAACGUUAUUUAAAAGCUGUGGAAAUUAAAAAGAAAAAGAUGGGAGGUGGUGGAAUUCAAAAUGUCACAAGACAAACUAUGGAAGCAAAAUCAUUUGGAGUGUUAAAUGAAGAAGAAAAGAAAACCUUUGUAUAUAAUGUACAACUACCAACACAGGAUGUUAUUGAACAAGCACUGUUAGAAAAGAAGAAGCAAGAUUUAUUGAAAGAACUAGGAGAAUUUUAAUUUAUU